ACCAGUGUUGCACAAAAAACGAAGUUCAAUAUAUAUAUAUAUAUAUAUAUACAUAGUGGUGCAAAAGUUUCAAUUAUUGUAAUUGGAUUUUUAAUCAAGCGAUAUGGAUGGACUUGGGUUUACAUUGGCGAUCGGUGCCUUAAAGGCAUUCGCGUUCGUCUAUGAUAUCAUUACAUUCCCCGUCUACAUUCUGUUCCAGAGGCCAUGGAAAGUGCGGGCACUUUCCAGGAGAUCGAAGGCUGAGAUUGUGGCAAUAGAACGAGACCAGAAAAAUACCGAUUUUAGCAUCGAUGUAGAAGGAACGGAUAAACCGCAAAAAUCGAAAUCUAAAGCAAAGGCCAUCGAAAUUUCGAAAGACACACGAAGCAUAACGUGGAAGUCUCGCGAUGAACCGCAGAAAAUUCACGUGGAGAUUGUUCGGGAGAACAUUAACACAAUGGCUAGGAUGAUGGAACAUGUUGCUAAGAAAUAUGCAAAUAAGAGAUGUUUGGGUACCAGAGAAAUUAAAGGGGAAGAAGAUGAGGUUCAGCCUAACGGAAGAGUUUUCAAAAAGUACAAUAUGGGUAAUUACACAUGGAAGACGUAUGCCGAAGUGAACGUAUUGGCCACGAACUUUGGAAGGGGUGUCCGUGAAUUGGGAAAUAUGCCAAGAGAAAAUGUCGUCAUUUUUGCGGAGACUAGGGCUGAGUGGAUGAUCGCUGCCCAUGGGCUAUUUAAGCAGAGUAUUCCAGUGGUCACGAUAUACGCCACUCUCGGCGAUGAGGCCAUCGCCCAUGGAAUUAACGAAACCGGUGUCACAACUGUCGUAACCAGUUACGAUCUCAUGCCUAAAUUCAAGAAAAUCUUGGCAAUGACUCCAAAGGUCAAAACCCUCAUCUACAUGGAAGAUCAAUUAAAGAGCCUUGACAACAACGGAUAUGGCGAACAAGUCACGAUUCACAAAUUCUCUGAAGUCCUGAAAUUGGGAUCCACCUCACAGUUAGGAAACACCAUGCCAUCGCCAGAUGAUGUUGCUAUUAUCAUGUAUACCAGUGGCUCCACAGGCGUUCCGAAAGGCGUCAUCCUCGUGCAUAACAACUUAAUUGCGACCAUGAAAGCCUUCUGUGAUAAUACGGUCAUCUAUGAUGAUGAUUGUCUAAUUGGAUUCUUACCUCUCGCUCACGUCUUUGAACUCUUGGUAGAAAGCGUUUGCUUGUGCGCCGGCGUUUCCAUCGGAUAUUCAAGUGCACUCACCAUGAUUGAUACGUCCAGCAAAAUAAAAAAGGGUACCAAAGGCGAUGCUUCAGUUCUCAAACCUAGUGUGAUGACUGCCGUUCCGUUGAUCUUAGACAGGAUUUCUAAAGGUAUCCAAGAAAAAGUAGGCAAGAGCAACCACUUUUCCAAAGUUUUGUUCAAUUUUGCUUUAGAAUACAAACAAACAUGGACGCGUAGAGGAUAUUGUACACCACUUUUAGACAAAAUUGUCUUCAGCAAAGUUCGACAACUAUUAGGCGGAAGGGUAAGGUAUGUGCUCAGUGGUGGUGCACCACUUUCGCCAGACACACAUGAACAAAUACAGUUAUGUCUUUGCGUCAAAGUCGUCCAAGGUUAUGGUUUAACUGAAACUACAUCCUGUGCAACUAUCAUGGACGCUCAUGAUAUGAUUUGCGGACGCGUCGGUCACCCAACAACUUCUUGUCGCAUUCGAAUGGUCAACUGGGAAGAAGGAAAUUAUCGUGUGACAGACAAACCUUAUCCUCGUGGAGAAGUCAUUGUCGGUGGGGCCAACAUCAGUGCAGGCUAUUACAAACUUCCCGGAAAAACGAACGAAGACUUCUUUGAAGAAGAUGGUAUGAGAUGGUUCAAGACAGGAGAUAUUGCUGAAGUGCAAGAAGACGGUGUCGUGAAAAUUAUUGAUCGUAAGAAGGAUUUGGUAAAAUUACAAGCCGGCGAAUACGUAUCUCUAGGCAAAGUCGAGUCUGAAUUGAAGACUUGUGCAAUCAUCGAUAACAUCUGUGUGUACGGAGACUCAAGCAAGCAAUAUUGUGUUGCCUUGGUCGUUCCGAACCAAUCCAUGCUUGUCGACUUAGCGGCGAAACGUGGAAUCUCAGAGAAGAGCUUCGAGGAUUUGUGCGCAAUUGCUGAUAUGGAGAAAGCUGUGCUUCAAGAGCUUGCUGAACACGGAAAGAAAUGUAAAUUGGAGAAAUUCGAAAUCCCCGCCCAGGUGAAACUCGUAACAGAAGUUUGGUCACCAGAUAUGGGUCUCGUGACUGCUGCUUUCAAAUUGAAGAGGAAAGACAUCCAAGAACGUUACCAGCACGAAAUAAACAGAAUGUACGCUUCCUGAAAGUGGGACAAACUUUAGAGUUUAGUUGUGAUAAUAUUCCAUAGACUACUCUACUACUAUAUAUACAUGCAUUUCCGUUAAGUUCUUCAUUUUCUAAAAUUAUACUUCAUUAAUUGUCUUUCGGGAAUAAGGAAAGAUAAACAAAAGUAAGUUCAAGUGAGUGUGCAUACACGAAUCUUAUUUAUAUAUUUACUUAUCCAUAUUAUUGCUACUACGUCUUUUUAAUAUACAGGUUUUUAUUAAUUUUAAUAAUUAUUGUUAUUUAUUAUUAUUUUGCUCUGUCAGUAAUUUGUAAAUGGAAAUACUUAAUUAUUUCGCAAUUAUAAUAGUACGAGUUUCGAAGCUUAAGUAUUUUUUUAAUUGUUACUAUUGUUUAAGAUAUUGAAAGAUUGAGACUGUACAUGUAUAUAUUUAUAUUAUAUAAUUAUAAAUUGAAACAAAAUGAAUUCUUAAAGGAGAACUUAGGCGCGGGCUAAAAUAAAUUAUUAUAUAUAGAGAGUUCAUUCUAAAAUUUAAAGAUAACUCUAAAUUUUGGAAUGCAACUGCCUUAAACAAAUCAAUUAAUAUAUUGAUUAUAUUGUCCUUACUGUGUAUGCAAGUACUGAGCGAUUAUGUGAGUGUGUAAAUAUGAAAAAUUGUACUUUUUUUCGUAUCUUUUUAAAUAUGUAUUAUUUUGUUUUUGAUGUGCAACAAAGCGUAACGUUGUCAGAAGAACGAAGAACCUGAAAUGGAAUUACAUCACUUCUUAUUUAUUCUUUGUUGAUUAGGUGAAUAAUAAUAAUAUUUUAUUUUGAACGUAUAAAAGAUUGUGAAGUGGUUUGCGUCUGCAUACAUGUGUGUAUUAUAAAAAAAUGUUUAUAUUAUAAAUAAAUGAAUGAAAGGUGAAAGAAAA